UCUACGAGUGUGUGCUUUCUUCUUCUCCCGGUGAACUCCUGACAGACUGGACGCGACAGAGGCGCACUGCUGCCCCCCGCAGGUCAUUUGUAGGACUCCAUUGAUAAAGUUUCAUCAGAGUUAUUUUCCGUUACUUUUGAGGGUGACGCGCAUGCGCAGAGAGGCACCACCGCACCACAUUCCCCGCUUCUCCUCGCCAGGCAAACAUCCAAAAGGCUGGACGGACGAUUUAAUUUACGCGUUCUCCAUGAUCGUCUGAAGAAAUACACGCGUGUUUUCUCUUCCACACCCGAACAAGGAGUAACACCGUGACCCGUGAAGACGCGUUAAAUUCCCCGAUUGUUCUCAAUAGAUGCGUAUCUCCUCACAAUGGCAACAGAAGACAAGAAACCAGAGACUGACACGAAACCUCCAGUCGUACCAUCGGCGUCUGCCAGUCAAAGCAAGUCUGCGCCUGCCAAGCCAAACUACAGUUUGAAGUUCACAUUAGCGGGCCACACUAAAGCUGUGUCCUCUGUCAAAUUCAGCCCGAGCGGAGAAUGGCUCGCCAGCUCAUCUGCUGACAAACUCAUCAAAAUCUGGGGCGCAUACGACGGCAAGUUUGAGAAAACCAUAUCCGGACACAAACUUGGUAUAUCUGACGUGGCCUGGUCCUCUGACUCCAACCUCCUGGUGUCUGCAUCCGAUGACAAAACCCUGAAGAUCUGGGACGUCAGCUCGGGAAAAUGCUUGAAAACUCUAAAAGGCCACAGCAACUACGUCUUCUGCUGCAACUUCAACCCGCAGUCCAAUCUUAUCGUGUCGGGAUCGUUUGACGAGAGCGUAAGGAUAUGGGAUGUGAAGACUGGGAAAUGUUUGAAAACAUUGCCGGCUCAUUCUGACCCCGUCUCUGCUGUCCACUUCAACAGAGACGGCUCUCUGAUCGUGUCCAGUAGCUAUGACGGCCUCUGCCGAAUCUGGGACACUGCAUCAGGGCAGUGUUUAAAGACACUCAUAGACGAUGACAACCCUCCUGUGUCAUUCGUGAAGUUCUCCCCCAACGGGAAGUACAUCCUGGCUGCUACACUGGACAACACGCUGAAGCUGUGGGACUACAGCAAAGGAAAGUGCUUGAAAACGUACACCGGCCAUAAAAACGAGAAGUACUGCAUAUUUGCAAAUUUCUCCGUCACUGGUGGAAAGUGGAUUGUGUCCGGCUCCGAGGACAACAUGGUUUAUAUCUGGAACCUGCAGACGAAGGAGAUCGUGCAGAAGCUCCAGGGUCACACGGACGUUGUCAUAUCAACUGCCUGCCACCCGACAGAGAACAUCAUCGCAUCUGCGGCUUUAGAAAAUGACAAAACCAUCAAGCUAUGGAAAAGCGACUGCUAAGCCCUUUUUGGAUCUUUUGGCCAAUUCAUAUUUCUUUUCUUUUUUUCCAAUAAUUUUUUUUCUACAUUUUGUUGUAAGAAAAGAGGACUUGUUUUAUAACAGAGAGCUCCUGCGGGGACGCAGAGGGCUUUCAGGUGAUGAAAUUCAGCGAGGAGAACCAAACGAGACACAUCGAGCCACACACAGUAUCAGCCGAGAGUCGGUCCUGCAGCGGACGUGGCUGUCCCAUCUGAGAGAUUCUGUUCACGUGCCAGAUUUUGUUGUCUCCACAGGGGGAGUUGGUGUCUUUUGUUAGAAUUUACAAAACGGCGUUGAUACUUCUGGUUCUGGUGCUUCAGUAUUUUUGACACUGCAUUAAUCCUAAUGUCACUGCUUCAACUCAUACACGUGCGUUUCUGGUCUUGUACAAUAAAUGUAACGGUCAUUUGGCCUCUCUUUUGCCUUUAAUUCAUUUGUGUAGUCGUGUAGUGCUGUCUGAAAGACAUCAAGCUAAAAAAAAAAAAAGAUAUAUCCAAGGAUCCAUUUGGCUGUUAUUUAUUCAAGUGGCCCCAUUAUUAGUGGUUUUCUUGUAAGUUCUGUGCAGAUUAUGGCAACAAAUUCAGGAUUUGGAGUUUGUCAAAAAUGUCUCAAGAAAAUGUGAUGUCACAGAUUUGACAGCUACAAAAAAAUGGAAAUGUAACGAUUAUUUUUAUUAAAUUGAAUUAAGCCACUACCCUGUUUAAAAUGUCAGUGACCAAAUGCAGUUUUGUGUUCUAGGAUUUGUACAUAUUACAUUGACAUGUAUUGUGAUUUGAUCAUUUUGGCCGUCACUGUUUUUAUGUUCUCUUCUUCGCUUGAUUAGCUCAUACUGUAGUUCUGCGCACAAAGCCAGCAGCGUCUCUUCUCUGUAGUCAACCUGGAUUUUUUUUUUUUUUUUUUGUGGAAUAUGUGUUUGCAUUUGACAGCUAUAACCUGCGUCUUAAUAAAAAACAGUUUUUGUA